CAAGGUACCGCGGUCCUCACGGCGGACUCCGCUCCUCGUUUUUCCUCCCGCAUCAUGGAAACUGAUAGAAAACGACUGUGACUCGUUUUCAGUAAUUGGAAAAAAAAAAGAAAAUCCUUAUCUGGUUGAAACUUGACAGUUCGGAGAGGCUGCUCGUGUUUCUUUGGAUGGAGAAUUUUGAAUCGAUGGUGAAGAGGCUGAAGUCAAGCUGGUUGUGAAGGUGUUUGACCUGUUUCCCCCUGCGCCCCGAGCCGAAACCAUCAUGGCAGCGGGAGUAGCGGCAUGGCUUCCGUUUGCUCGGGCAGCGGCGAUCGGCUGGAUGCCUGUGGCCAACUUGCCCAUGCCGGUCGCCCCCACUGAAAAGAACAAGAGGCAGGACGAGCUCAUAGUCCUUAAUGUCAGUGGACGGCGCUUCCAGACCUGGAGGAACACCUUGGACCGCUAUCCGGACACGCUGCUCGGCAGCUCGGAGAAGGAGUUCUUCUACAACGAGGACACCAAAGAGUACUUCUUUGACCGUGACCCUGAUGUGUUCCGCAGUGUGCUAAACUUCUACCGCACUGGCAAGCUCCACUAUCCACGAUAUGAGUGCAUCUCCUCUUAUGAUGAGGAGCUAGCUUUCUUUGGCAUUGUCCCAGAGAUCAUCGGGGACUGCUGCUAUGAAGAGUACAAGGACAGGAAGAGAGAGAAUGCAGAACGCCUCAUGGACGACCAGGAGGACAACAAAGAUGCCAAGUUGCCCAACAUGACAUUCAGGGAAACCAUGUGGCGUGCAUUUGAGAACCCUCACACUUCCACGAUGGCCCUGGUCUUCUACUAUGUCACUGGUUUCUUCAUUGCUGUUUCUGUCAUCACCAACGUGGUAGAGACAGUUCCCUGCGGCUCAGCGCCCAACAUGAAGGAAGUGCCAUGUGGCGAGCGCUACACUGUGGCCUUUUUCUGCAUGGACACUGCCUGCGUGAUGAUCUUCACGGUGGAGUACCUGAUGCGCCUGUUCGCUGCGCCGAACCGCUACCGCUUCAUGAGAUCUGUCAUGAGCAUCAUCGAUGUGGUGGCCAUCCUACCCUAUUACAUCGGACUGGUGAUGACUGACAAUGAGGACGUGAGCGGGGCUUUCGUGACGCUGCGGGUUUUCCGAGUGUUCCGUAUCUUUAAGUUCUCCCGUCACUCGCAGGGCCUGCGCAUCCUGGGCUACACGCUGAAGAGCUGUGCCUCGGAGCUGGGGUUUCUGCUCUUCUCCCUCACCAUGGCCAUAAUUAUCUUUGCCACUGUCAUGUUCUACGCAGAGAAGGGUUCAACCUCCAGCAAAUUCACCAGCAUCCCAGCCUCCUUUUGGUACACCAUCGUUACUAUGACAACGCUCGGAUAUGGCGACAUGGUCCCAAAGACGAUUGCAGGAAAGAUCUUCGGCUCGAUCUGCUCUCUGAGUGGGGUGCUGGUAAUUGCCCUUCCUGUUCCUGUCAUCGUGUCCAACUUUAGCCGCAUCUAUCACCAGAAUCAGAGAGCAGACAAGCGGAGGGCGCAGAAGGUUCAGAAAGCUCGCCUGGCCAGGAUACGGCUCUCAAAAACAGAAAGCUCGAGUGCCUUCCUCCACAGCAAGCGCAACGGCCUGUUCAACGAAGCUCUCGAGCUCACGCAACUUCCAUACAAGAUGAACCUUUCAGAUCAGGGUUCCACUGAGGAUGAGAAGCAUUUGAGCAAAUCUACCUCUCUAAUAGAGAGCCAGCACCACCAUCUGCUGCACUGUCUGGAGAAAACCACAAACCACGAGUUUGUAGAUGAGCAGUAUUAUCAGCAGAGUUACCUGGAAGCAGGGCUGCAGAACUAUCCGUCUCGAAGCCCUUCGUUGUCCAGCCAAGAUGGUGUGACGGGGACGUGCUGCACCCGGAGAAGCAAGAAGCAACACCACACCCCUUUACCGAACGCCAGCGCUCCAGCACACAUGCAGCCUUUGACACACACGCACACACACCCACAAGGCUUGCAGGAGCUCAGCACCAUCCACAUCCAGCCCCUAAGUACCAGCCGCUCCAGUUUAAACAUGCGCGUAGAAGAGCCAGCUCCUCUGAACUGCCAGGGCAGCCAGAUCACAACAGCAAUCAUCAGCAUUCCCACACCGCCAGUGACGACUCCGGAAGGCGAUGCUCACCUGCCCGCCGCUCCCACCCUGCAAAAUGUGGUGAAGGUGUCUGCUCUGUGAAAACUGGACUGCAGCAACGCCGCACAAACAGACAGAGAACGACUCACAGGAACAGACCGAGAAGGACUAACUAUGGUGGAAAGGGCUUUCAGAGACGUAUUCUGGCCCUGGUGGAGCCUGCCCCCUGCUGGUGAUGCGUUGCAUUGGCACGGACUCCCUGUACACAUGGAGGAUGGACUUCUGACGCAGUAUCUUCAUGUUAGUGGUCGGCAAACAUGUGUUCAUAUGUGAAUGUGUGCGUAAAAGAACAAGAGGGAUGGAUAGGGAAUCAUUUAGGAAGAGGACUGUGUGCCUCUAGGUGUCAGAGGUAAGUUCCCAGAGUUAGUUGUGUGUCACUGUGCACAAAAGCACCUUUUUAUAAUUUAUGCUUGAGUUAAGGGGGAAUGAGGACAACUCAAAGAAAAAGGGAAAUAAAAAUAAAAAAUAAAAAAAAUCACGCCCCUCUGAUUAAUGCCUUUGAAAUAGAGUACUGCCCGUUUCAGCCAUUUUGGUCUACAAACCCCCUUUUCAGGUCAAACAUUAUUCCACCUUAGCAUAAUUUAUUUAAAACCCAAAAAGCAGUAGGUGUCCGUGUGAUGGCAUUACCAGUGAUUGUGAAUGAGUGUUUGAUAGAUUGUAAGUUGUUCUGUUUCUGAAAGGAGGUGCGUCUGCGUGUGUUUGCGUGUGUUCCUCUCGGUUGAUUGAAAACUUGUAUUUCAGUUCUUCUGGAAGUAUCUAUGGCUCAGUAUAUGAUAUAUAUAACUAGCUGCCACUUCGAAGGGUUCUUUGCACAUAUUUCUGUCAAAAAUUCUCAGCAGCAAGGGUUUCACUCAGUUUGUGCAUAGUUUGCAGGACUAAAUAUUGGUUUUUUUAGUUAUUACUUUGAAUCACUACCCAUCUGUUUUGGCACCAGAAGCCCAAAUGGCCACAAGAAACACAAUUUAUUUUGCAAAAAAAAAAAAAAAAAAACUUACUAUAAAUCCAAAUCUACACAAAGAAAAGCACAAAACAUUUGCUGAGAAUUUGCUGACAAAAAUCUGCCCUGAGCCUGUGAUCUUUGUGAAUAUUGUUAAUAGAAUAUUUUGUAAUAUUUGACCAUCGUUUGGCAGAAGCAGUGAGUCUGUCCUCUUGUUCUUGCUCUCCUCUCUACAUCCUUCUCUCUCUUGUUGUUGUCCUGUUGUAUCCCUGACAUCUAUGUGAACAACAGUAUGCUUUCAGUAGUUUUUAUAGCCGUCAACAUUUUUUUUUUCCUUCCCUUAACUCAGCGAGCAUUUUUCAGAGUUGUUGAAUAUAUGUACGUAUUCUGUGUGGUUAGCAAACUUGGUGUUUGUACUUUUUGUCCUCCUUGAUGUUUCAAAGGUUUUUUGUUUCACUUUAUCUUCUGGAGACUUUACAGUAGGCAAAUCUGUUGUAAAAACUGACCACAGGGACAUUAAAAAAAUAGUAGAUGAACCAUUUUUUGGCCUUUUUCCAUAUUGAAUGUAAUUUGUAGGUUUCAGCAACGUUACAAGCACUCGGUUGUGUCUUAGAUCAUUACAACAGGGAACACCAGCUGACUAAACGCCCACCUCUGUAGAUUAAAGGCUCAUAUCACAUUUUGACUUUUCAAUUUUGUUUGUACUUGUAGGUGCCACUGACUCUGUCAGUGGCACCUUGCUUGUGUGAUUAGAAAAUAGCCCUCUUUACAUAUUUACUUUUACCCACUUUUCUUGCACAGCAAACAAAGAUCAAACGACGCUCACUCAGUUAUGAUUCAAUUAAACAAUGCCACUAAUAUGUGAUACAUAUAUUACUUUUUUUUUUGUCAAGAAAGAAGUUGUUUUUCUGAGGAUCCAGGUGAAACAUUAUUGUCCAAAAUGAGUCACACCUUUAAGAGAGGUGUGGCUCCAAAAGUUCAUCUGUGCUAAAAUGUUUGCUUUGAAAUGUCUUUCACUACUUUAAAAAGCUGGUGAAAAAAAAAAAAACAAAAUAACUGAUUGUGAUUUUGUUAUGUUUCAGAUUUUCUUGAUUUUUAGGUUUGGGACAUAGAAAUUUUGCUAUUUGCCCUUUAAACGUGGUGAUUAAGAGCACACACACUAAGCAACAGAUUCAUGUCUGACUUUUAAAAAGCAAUACUAGAACUGCUGGAGUAUCUGCACUCCUCCUGUAUGUUGUAUUUACUUCUGCAGAGAUUAACUCUUUUAUAGCACCAAGUGUUGUAUUAGAACAUUAUUUUUUUGAAACUUUAGAUCAACUUGUCUCUUCUGCUGUAUGUCAGUUCUAACUCCUCCAGAAAUUAGUAACAACCCAAAAAAAAAGCAAACUAAUUCUACAAAACCGCAAUCAAAUGUGUUUUAUUUCUACUUAUUAAUAUUGACCUUGCCCUGAGAUUGGUAACUUAGGGCACAAAGAUAACAGUCUAGAUCCACUAUUUGCAUUUAGUCAAAAUGGCCAUAUAAAAAAAAAUUUACAAGCACAGACACAAAGCUUUUUUGUUAUAUUUAAAAAAACAAAAAACAAUGAAAUCAAGAAAUUGAAUUUACAUUAAGAAGCUUAGAGUCUACUGGAAUUGAGCAGAACGGGGGAGGCAGAAGCAAAACUCCCUGUUUUUGCCGCUGGGGAUAUUUUUUAAAACUUGAUUCAUUUCCUGCUGCUUGUUAGAGGAACAGGUUAUUUUAUACCAGCUCUACUAUCAAUUGACACCAGUUGACAUUCCAUGUAAGCAUAUGAUGCACUGGACAUGUCGAAGGGUCACAUUUUUAUUAAAAAGCAACAAAGAUAGGUUCGUGGUUGUGUCCGUCUCUGUUUCGUACUCCUCUCUCUUUCUCUCCCCUUACUCUUUGCUUUGCCCUCCACCUGUUGUUGUUGAGACUACUGCUGUGCGUAACUUGUCAUGUGUUGGAUAUUAUUUAUGACCUUGUCUUGUGUCCCAACUGUGAAACGCCUGAUAAAACAUCUAUAUCUGCCACAAAAACGUGUAGUCUGUGGACUUUUUUCGUCACCUUCUAACCCUUUCUAUAAGUCCAAGUGUGUAAAUAGCAGGAAAUGGCAAGAAGACAGAGCUUCACUGCUUUUUUUUCUGCUCUUCCAUAAGUGCCAAAUGGUAAUUUGCAUAAGCUAAAAGCAUAAGCUAUUAGUUUUAAGAGGUUUCUUUGAAUGGAGCAGAAGGGUCACUGAGAAUUCAGCCAAAAGUUUGGGUCAUGCUUGAGUUACUGCACAAAUUGAGUCCCAUAUGCACAGUGUGGAUGAGCAAAAUUUGUGUAAAGUGAAAUGUUCAUUGGUUUUCCUGGUGAAGAUGUGCAGAAGCAAGAAAAUAAAUUAAUCCUUGACUGCAGUGCCAUAAUGUCACUCUAGAAGAAAUCUAAAUGUCAGCUAAAUAUGAGCUUUUUCUGUCCUUACAUCACAAGCG